GUAUCUUAACAUAGAGAAGGGAGUGUUUGGUUCUUAGAAAGAGAAAGAAUGAGUUUAGCACUUCUACAGGGUUACUCUUCUGCUGAAGAAGAAGAAGAACAGCUUCAAGAUUUUCUUACUGAUUCUGACGAAGAUGAAGAUGUAAAACAAUGUAAACAAAGAAUUCCUACUAGUUAUUCAAGAGAUGGGAAACCAUUAUUUGAUCCUAAUCCAGCUUCAACUUCUAUACUUCCGUCUGCUUUUGAAAUCUUCUCUGAGGUUGCUGGACCGCCACAAUUUCUCAACAACUGUGUAGGUGAACAAGUUUCUACAAAUGGGAAUGAUGGAGGAGGAGGUGGUGGAGGGGGAAGAAGAGGUGGGCAUGGUAGAAUGAGAAGAGAAAAGAAAGAUCUCCCAGCUGGUGUUGUGGUGGAGGCCAAAGCACAACUAGUUGCAAUUCGUGACCGUGUAAGCAUUGAUGGUGACGGACCCCAGCCUCCUAUAUCAUCUCAAAGAGGCUCAACAAGUGUUGUUAAUGCCGAAGGAAAACGUGUGGUUACUGCAACCAAUCCAGAUGCCAAGGAUGCUGCAGAUCUAUUGAGGAUGUGCUUACAAUGUGGCAUACCCAAGACUUUCACAAAUGCUAGAGGAAUGUUUUGCCCACAAUGUGGUGAUCGACCUCAAGUAGACAAGGACACUGAAUCAGAAAAGAAAAAAGGUUCCACCAUCAAAGACAAGGAGAAGAACAAGCGGAUGAAGGGCCAAUCUUCUCAUUCUUCUUGGAAGAGCGAAACCGAGAUGCAUCUACGACAGCAAUUUGAUUAGAAGAAGCAGAUGAAGGGCUGCGUAGCACUGCGGCCUUGUUACAAUUCAAAUAUUCGCUUUCUUGUACUUUAUUCCCUUAAGGGAUGAGUUUUGGCCGCGUGGAACUGCACUAGCCUUAUAGUUGAAAUAUUCGCAUCUUUGGGUACGAACCUUGUAAUAUCAUCAACAUGGAAGCAUUAAUCGGAAAAACCAUCCAUCUCAGGUCCCGUCAAAUUUUCCAUUUCCCUUUCCUGUGUUUAUUGCUUCCAUUAAUGAGGUCCCAUGUUUGAGAAAGAA